AUGCCACCGACAACACAGCCACACAUUGCUCCGAUCAAUGAAGGUGAGAACACAGUACUGAAACUGAACCUUAAGCUUGGUGGUGCCGUUACACGUACAAUCAAAACCAACUCAAAAGCGGGUAUUUAUACCAAAGCCACGGAUGAAGGACGGAAGCUGUUUGGGAAUAAGGUGAAAGGAAGUGUACCAGUGCAGAGAUGUGUUCAGAAAACUAUGUAUCUAGGAGAGAUACAUCAUGGAGCAGCAUCCAUGACAGAGAAGAGCAGGCGUAUUCUUAAAAAACGUGUAUGGGAUCCUGAGCAAGACAGUGAUGAUGAUGAUGGAGAUGAAGAGAUUAGAUAUCUAGAGAAGUUAAAGUCUACAAGGGUCAUCACAAGGGAGUAUCAAGGAGGUAGUAAAGAGGAUGACAGAGAACAACUCACGUCAGACAAACAUGGUUUAACUGAAAGGAGUAAGUUACGGAUGGGAACAGUUGAUUCUCUUGCAUUUCCUACUACUCGUACUCGAGCUCUUCAAUAUGGAAAAGAUCCAUAUUCUCCUCUCGGGUCGGGUCCUCUAGAGUUUCCUGAUGCCUUACCUUGCCCCUCUUCUAAAAGACAAAAACAAAAGCUUUCUGAGGUAGAGCAACAAUCAAAGAAGGCUGAAGCUGCACAGACUCGGUGA